AUGCUUGCACCAUUAACUACUUUUCCUGAGGAAGACAGGUGCCCCACUAAACAGGAAAUAAAAGCUUUUGCGAAAGCUCUCGUGACUCCGGAGAAGGCUUUGGAAAAAAUAAGAGAGGCCAAGGAGCAAGAACAGGCGGCCCGUGCUUUCAAACCACCUGUCGCGGCUCCACAACCAGCCCCGGCGGAAGCUGAACCAGAAGUAAGACCUGGUAUACCGUCAGGAGCAGAUGAUUUGCCACACCUGCCGGAGCUCAGACCUGGCUCAGAUGGCAAAGUAGACUGGACUCCACUUGGAGCCCUUACUGGAACGAGGCCCAGUGUUAACAAGUAUUCUUUAAGCAGAUACUCCCUCAGCGAGUGGAGAAAACAUAACGAUGAUGUUCUCAACCCUGACGUAAUAAAUGAGUCUAAUAUCGUAGACUAUAAUGCUAAGACUUCCAUUAUGCAGGCAUUUGGAACUAUUGAUAAACAGCAACUAGAAAACAAUAAAAGGUUGAAACAGAAAGCAAGAGAUAUAUUCCGAUGGAAAAUUGAAGUUGAGAGAGCUUGCAAAGCCAUUACCGAAGAGGUCGAGUUGCUGGAAAUUGACAGACAGCGGCUAAAGGGUGCUUCUAGAGUUUUGAUGCUACCUGAAUCAAUCUCGAGAGAAUGUUUAGACCUUCGAUCGAAUCGAUUUGAACCUGAUUUAGUGGCUGAUAUUGCAGAGCAAGAGCUUAUCAAAGAAAUGAAUCUAGUGAGUGAAGUCAGAGCCACAAUAAAAAAUACCCUUGCCACUAUAGAAGAACAAAUGGCAAUAAAUAAAGCGGCAAAACAUAGGAUAGAAUACGAUUGGUGUGAUAAAACUAUGGCUUAUAAUACAGAAGCUAUUAAUUUAAGUCUUAGUACGAAAUCGAACACGUUAAUGUUUAGACCUGGCUCGACGAGGUUUGGUGACUUCAGUGCUCCAUUAGAAUACUGGGAGUAUUUUUGUCGAGAGAAUGUGCAAAAUUGCGAAUCAGCUCGUCAGAAAUCAGCUGACUUAAGAGGCAGCUUGAACGCCAUUUUGAUAAAUAACGGUAGGAAACUUCGCACUCAAGCGGACAGAACUGACAUGGCUUUAGCUGAAACUGUGGCUAUUACUUCUGAACUAUGCACAAGACUGGAGGAAAACCUACGUACCACGCUCCAACGAACAGCUGAUAUGGAAGCUUUAAUUGCAGAUCUUCAAGACUCUAUUAAAAAAAUGGACGCGGCUAUGAAACUAGCUCAAACUAGGCUUGACAAUAGAAAUAAUUGGAGGCCACACGGAGAGAGCGUUAGGGAUCAGCCACAUUUAGGUUUGAUUGAAGAAGUCAAGAAGAUCCAUGAGACGGUGACGUCGCUUCUUGGUCAACUGAGGAACGCUGAGAGGCUGAGGACCGAUUUGAUGCAAAAGAGGGUGGAACUAGAAAAGGCUAUCGCUGCGAAGAGAAAGACUCUCAACAUAGACCGGGACCGAUGUGGAAUGGUUCGUUCUCACUACCCGUCCGCGUCAGAACUGGCCGGGUUCUAA